GCAAGUACCGUAAUCCUAACAGGUAAAGAGCCUCGGGACUGCACAGGAGCCCCCACCCCCGGCGGUAACUGAGUCGAUUUGUGUUCGGAGCCCCGUGAUGUGGUUUCGUGUGUGUGUGGGGGAGGAUAGCAGCAGCAGCAGCAGCUACCAGCCAGAUAAACACUCAGCAUUGGUUUGCAGAGCAGGAGUAACAUGGCGGCACAGUUAGCCAGCAGAAAUGUUGUUUCACUACCGCGAAGGUCAGAGCUGGCUGGGAUAAACAGGAUUUAACAGUGAGGACUCGGCGGAAAGUUUCCAAUCCAGGGAGAAGAGAGUGAUGCGUAAAGGUUUCCAGGCUUCAUCAUCUUGCAGCAAUGGCCUGAGGGACUCUCUGGACUAAGACCACGACGCUGAUAUGCAUUGAUGAUGAGUGGAGUCGGUGAAAACUCAUCUGACCCUGCGAGGGCAGAAGCACGAAAACGCAAAGAAUGCUCUGCUGAACUCAUAGGACCCAGUCCCAAGCGGAGCAACGAGAAGCGCAACCGCGAGCACGAGAACAAGUAUAUUGAAGAGCUCGCCGAGCUGAUCUUCGCCAACUUCAACGACAUCGACAACUUUAACGUCAAACCUGACAAAUGUGCAAUCCUGAAGGAAACUGUGAAGCAGAUCAGGCAAAUAAAGGAGCAAGAAAAGGCUGCAGCAGCAAACGAGGAGGAGGUGCAGAAGGCUGAUGUCUCAUCAACAGGCCAAAGUGUGAUUGACAAAGAUGCCUUGGGACCAAUGAUGCUGGAGGCCCUCGACGGUUUCUUCUUCGUGGUGAACAUGGAGGGCAACAUCGUGUUCGUGUCUGAGAACGUGACCCAGUACCUGCGCUACAACCAGGAGGAGCUGAUGAACACCAGCGUGUACAGCGUGCUGCAUGUCGGAGAUCACGCCGAGUUCAUCAAGAACCUGCUGCCUAAAUCCCUCGUCAAUGGCGUCCCGUGGUCCAGCGAGGGUCCAAGGAGGAACAGCCACACGUUCAACUGCCGAAUGCUGGUGAACCCGCACAGCGAAAACCAGGACGAGUCGCACGAGCCCCAGCAGCAGAAAUAUGAGACCAUGCAGUGUUUUGCAGUGUCAGAACCCAAGUCCAUCAAGGAGGAAGGAGACGACUUCCAGUCGUGCCUGAUCUGCGUGGCUCGGAGGGUUCCCACGAAGGAAAGGCCCAUGCUUCCCACUCAUGAGAGCUUCACCACUCGCCAGGACCUGCAAGGUAAGAUUACGUCUCUGGACACGAGUCUACUGCGAGCGUCCAUGAAGCCGGGUUGGGAGGAUCUAGUAAGGCGCUGCAUCCAGAGGUUCCAUCUACAGAACGAUGGGGAAAUGUCUUUUGCCAAGAGACACCAGCAAGAAGUUCUCCGCCACGGUCAAGCAUUCAGUCCAAUCUACCGGUUCUCCCUCUCUGAUGGAACCAUCGUUUCUGCCCACACCAAGAGCAAACUGGUGCGCUCAUCUGCCACCAACGAACCCCAGCUCUACAUGUCCCUGCACCUCCUGCAGAGAGAGCACCCGGUGUGUGGAAUGGGUCAGGACAUAGGUGGACAGGAAACGGGGAUGACCCCCAAACCGAUGAACCCCUCCAUGACUCCACCGACCCCGUGCAGUUUGCCCGGUUUGGGGCUUCAGGGGCAAGACACUACGAUCAGCAGCAACAGCACGCCUUUCUCUCCUCCAGGCCCGGCCGGCCCCCGGGAGCCUGCAGCCAUGGGGGGCCACAUGCAGGGCUACCGCUUCGGCUGCCCCCCUCCACACCCUAACUACACCGGGGGCAUGCAGCCGCCGCAGCAGGGCCCCAACUGGAGGAUGAACAGCCCCUCUCGUGCCAGCCCCAGUCCGGCUGGGGGGCCCCACCCGGCUCAGCAGAACUCUAUGCUGUCACCAAGGCACCGGGGCAGCCCAGGGGGUGCGGGGAGCCCCCGUGUAGCCGGGGGCCUGCAGUCGCCCUCUCCUGUCGGUAUGUGCGGCAGCGGCCCUGGAAGCGCGGGCAGCACCCAUUCUAACAGCUACACUAGCAGCUCUCUGUCCGCUCUGCAGGCCCUCAGUGAGUGCCAUGGUGUGGGGCACGGACCCUCGCAUGCACACACACUGGGCUCCCCUGACCGGAAGAUAGGCUCCCCAGCUGGGGUCACGCCGGGGUCAGGGGUAAACCCUCACAUGAUGUCGAAAUUUGGAGGAAGCUCGAGCAAUGCGGGCGGAGCAGGAGACUUCAGCAGUCACUCAGAGGUGAAUCAGGGACACGCCGAGGGCAACCAAACGGAGCCUAAGGAGGAGAGGGAGGGGUCCCUGGACGGUCAUGACAGUCACGACGCUCACAGCCGUGUCCAUGACAACAAGGGGAACACCAAGCUACUGCAGCUGCUCACCACCAAGCCGGAACCCCUGGAGACGCCCCUGUCGCCGGGCGGCGGAGGGGAGGGUAAGGACCAGGCUGGCGCUGGGGUCCGAGGCGGCCACGCGGUUGGGAACACUCACGCCACCUCGCUCAAAGAAAAACACAAAAUCCUCCACCAACUGCUCCAGAACAGUACAUCCCCUGUAGACCUGGCCAAGCUCACCGCUGAGGCUACAGGCAAGGAGCUGGGCCAGGACCAAUCACAAGGUGCUGGGAACCAGUCGUCGGGGGCAGAAAUCACUCCCAAGCAGGAGCCGUUGAGCCCAAAGAAGAAGGACAAUGCACUGCUGCGCUAUCUACUGGAUAAGGAUGACACUGUAAUGAAGGACAAGGUCUCUAAGCUGGAGCCCGGGGAGGUGAAGGUCAAGGAACACCCCCAGGUCAAGGUGGAGAAGCAGGAUGCUGGAUAUGAUCGGGCUGAGCAGUCAUCGGAGCUUGACGACAUCCUGAACGACCUGCAGAGCGCUCAGCCGCAGCUCUUCUGUGAGCAGCGGCCGGUUUCGCUGCCCAGUCCCAUGGACAAACAGAACAUCUUUAAUGACAUCCUGCAGAUGUCUGAGAACAACGCCGCCAUGGCGACGCAGCAACAACCCAGAGGCCUCGGCAUGGGUCAAACUAACUUUGGCGUUGUCCGACCAGGGCAGCCAGGCAGGGCAUUACCAGUGAGGAGUGUCUCUCUGGACAUGAAUGUCCCCUCACAGCAGCCAUCAUUGCAGUACCCCAUACGGGCCAACAGCCCAUACCCUGUAAUGCAACAGCAGCAAGGCAUGUUAGGAGGUCAUGGCAUGAUGCCCAACCAGCCUGGUAUGGGCAAUGCAGGAUUGAUGACCCAAGGUGGUCCGCGGCCAGCCAUGCAGCAGCAGCAGCAGCAGCAGUCGGAGGGAUGGACCGGUCCAGCUUCUGCACCUCCUAUUGGAGCUUCUGCUCCAGGACAACAAGGAGGCAUGCAGGGUAGGAUGGUGCCCGGCACCGCUCCGAUGAGACCCAACAGCCAGCCAGGACCCCGGCCAAUGCUGCAGUCUCCACUAAUGGCCAACGCCCAACCUGAUAUGGACAUUAAUAUGGUCGGCCACCAUUUCUCCCAGCAGCAGGCUCCGCCCAAUCAGACAGCCCCUUGGCCGGACAGCAUGAUGCCAAUCGAUCAGACCCCUUUUGUGAACCAGAACAGACCUGCACAGCAAGACGAUCUCCUCUGCAAUCCAAGUCUUGAUCAAGGUAGCGCAGUGGAUGAGGGGGCCUUGAUGUCCCAGCUGUACUCGGCACUAAAAGAUUUUGAUGGUUUAGAAGAGAUCGAUCGAGCUCUCGGCAUCCCGGCCCUGGUAGAACAGAGCCAGUCACUGGAACCAGACCAGUUCCCCCAAGACUCCACCAUCAUGUUGGACCAGAAGCCCCCAAUGUACACGCAACAAUUCGGCCCGCCGCCCUCCCACAUGGUGCCGAGGGGCUUUCCCGGCCCUCCCAUGCAGGAGCCUGGCUUUCACCUAAUGGCCGGCCAGAUGGGGCCCCGGCCAACCUACCCCAUGAUGAGAAUGCAGCCGCGGCCAGGACUCAGGCCGGGCGGGGUCGCCCCGAACCAGCCCAACGCACUACGGCUGCAGCUCCAGCACCGGCUUCAGUCCCAACAGCAGAAAAGUCAGCCAAUGAUGACUCAGAUGACUGGCGUGUCAAAUGUGAACCUACCUCUACGAGCCAGUGCUCCAAGCCAGGGAAACAUCAACGCUCACAUGUUGGCACAGCGUCAGCGGGAGAUGCUCAGUAACCACUUGAGGCAGCGACAGCAGCAGCAGCAACAACAUGUUCAGCAGGCCCAGCAGGUCCAGCAGCAGCGCAGCAUAGCCAUGAGGGCCCAGGGCCUCGGCCUGCCUCCCAACAUGGCCGGAGGCAUGAGCAACCCCAGGAACCCCCAGGCUGCCCCCCAGCAGUUCCCUUACCCGCCCAGCUACGGUACCAGUACAGGCCUGGCCUCGUCACCUCCCCCCACAAGCCCCUUCUCCUCCCCUCUCUCCCCCAGCCUCCCCUCUCUGCCCCCCAACCCUCAGCUCCACCUGCAUGGCACCUCCUCUUCCUCCACCUCCUCCUCCUCCUCACAGAUGAUGAUGGGAAACACAAACAUGAUGGGCGGACAGUAUGUGGGCGUACUCAACCCCCAAAUGCAGCACAGUGCCUUUCAGUUUCCCAACUCAGGUAUGAGCCAACAGGCAGACGGGAGUUUUGCCGGAGGCAGCACGCCGCAGAGCCCGCUGCUUUCCCCCCGCAUGGCGCACACACAGUCCCCCAUGAUGCAGCAGGGCCAGCAGAACGCCGCUUUCCAGGGUUCCCCUGACAUGAACGGAUGGCCACAGGGUAAUAUGGGAGGCAACAGCAUGUUCUCGCAGCAGCAGGCGUCGCCGCAGUUCACCCAACAGAACAGCGGCAACAUGUACAACGGCAACGGCAUGGGCCUCAACAACCAGCUGAGCAGCCAGAUGAGCGUCACAUCCAUGGCGUCGGGGUCCUCGCCCGGUUUGCCCUCCAUGGGACAAGAACAGAAAUUCUGUUGACCCCUUUGAAGCUUCUUAACACGAACCUCAGCGAUCAGCUGGUGCAGGGAGCACGUCGGCCCUUUAAGAAUCAAAAACACAAACUCGUAAGUAACCGACUGCCCCUUGGACCAGCCGGGCCGUGUCCUGAGCCCCUUGUCCCUUCUCCCUCUCACUCCCUUUUCACCCCAACUGACCCGUCGGGCCCCGGACUGACACAGGAGUGAGCAGAAGGCCAGCCUACCUGCCCGUCCAGCCGCAUUCACCGUUGUGUGACUUACUGUAGGGUCCUCCUGGUGGGAUACACUGACUUCAGGGAGCAGAGGGGGCAUCAGUGGAUGUGUUGAAUGUAUUCCUCUCAGCGGACAGCGGCCAUCUACAAUCUCAUCUCAGAGAAGAACCGAAUCGUUCUCUCUUCACUCAUUUGGGACUUUUCCUCAUGGGUUUCAAACGGCAGCAGAGACUCCCAGGUCAUGUUCACAAGUACGAACGGAGCUCAGUCGGUUUUUUGCCUUUUUGCUGUAUUUUAUUUUAUAAUUUUUUUUAUUAUUAUUUGUUUUUUCUUGUUAUGAAAAUUAAUAUGUAGAUUGAAGACAGAGGGGGGGGGGAACUGAUCUUGAUAAACACUGCAGAAGAAUAAUUUGAGUGGAAUUCUAUUAGAAUAAUUUAGUCAAGAGGUUUACAUAGUGUAUUAAAUUAAGUUUUAUUUUUCUGUAUAGAUUCAUUUUAAUUAUUGUAGAUGAUUCUUUAUCCUUGUAGUAAGAAGAUUCCUAAAAGUGUGAAAGAGGCACUUUUUAUCGUUAACAGUGAUGGUUAAGAAGAUUCUUCUAAUCGCCUGAAUUAUGGAUUAUAAUCUUGGUCCAGCUGUUUCAGAAGAUGUCAAAAUCAAAUAUGGUUCAAAAUGAAUUGUACAUACCGAUGAGUAAAAAACCUUUUCUUUCCUAUUUAUUUUAUUCCUUACUGGUCACUACUGCCUCUCUUAAAGCAGAGCAGUUAUAUGUGCUUUUUUUGUUAUUGUUGUUCUGUGAAGUCCUGACAUUCUGAUGUUCUGGUACGACUCGGACUGGGGGUGCAGGUUUGUUCUUAGUGGGUGUGCUGUGUAUACAGUGUACAGAUUACGGCUUGCUUCUCUGCCUUUUAGCAUAGAACACAAAAAAGUGUUUAAAAAAAAUCCUCACAGCCAUACAUUAACUCAAAAUUAUAAAGAAAAAAAAGAAGAAAAAAGUGUGCUUUCUUUGUCGUCUGGAGUGAAACUGCUUCGUACAAGCUGCUAGGUGCAAACUGUUCGGGUGUGAUGUAAACAAGCAAUAAUUACUUGAGAAUCCUUUUCUGUUUGUUUGUUUUUGUAAUUUUUGUACAGUUUCCUGAAUUUAGAAAGAAAAGAGAAAAAAAAAACGUUUUUGCUCUGCGUUUGGAUGCAGUAUUAAACACCGUUUUCUAUUGCAGUUUGUACCAAGAAAAAGUCUACAUCCACACACACACACACGCACACACACAUACACACACAGCGUUCUUGAUAAAUUAUGCAGCCAUCUGAGGGGGUCAGGGGGACCUGCAGAGGGGAGGUAGUUUAUUCCCCCCCUCGUGAUCGAAAUGAGCCCUCUCUUCCUCCAGCCUUUUCUUCUAUCGCAGAGGUCAGAGUUAAGACUGCACCUGCUCUGACAGACACUUAGCCAUAUUUUAUGACCUCAGGCAAUUAAAGUAUAAAAGUGUUCGCUGACGACGUGCUGAUCUAUUUCCCCAAAAGGGAGUUGAGAUCCGAAGCAAAUCAUCCUCACUGACCUCAAAAAAGAAAAAAAACAAACAACUUUUAUAUAAACUAUUUUACCCAGGAAAGACUUUGAUCAAGCCAAAUGAUUCCUCACAUUUCAAUUGGAUUUCUUUCACCUCUUAGUUAGCCAGCCCACACAGGGAAAAAAAAAAAAAAAACAUAAAACAGGAAAUUCCUAAAGAUGUCACUGAGCAGGAUCUAAAUGCAGAUGUUCGUCAUAAACCAGAUUCACUCUGAAUGUAUCGUCAUUGAAGACCUACUCUUCUUUCUUUCCUAACUUGUCGUCGUCACACCACGGUCUUUUCUGCAUUUCUUUUUUUUUUCUUGCUCUCCUUCUCAUUUCCAGACGUAAUUCGAAAUCUUGGCCGAAUUACCAAGAUUUCAACCAAAUCUUGGUAAUUUGGUUGGUGUAGGUGUAUACCUAGUGCACGCCGUAGAGGCUGCACACACACUCUGCUCGCCCUGUGGGUGUUUGCCAUACUUUUUUUUUCUUUUUUUCAUUAAAUGCUGUUCUGAUUGUAAAAUCCACCCAUGCAGAAUAAAGCCUUUAAAAGCCAUUUUCUCAAACAGGCUUUUAAAAGGAUUCAGAGCCCUUUGCAAAUUUCCAAAGAUUGUCGGCGUUUUGAAAAGAAAUUAAAGCCAUGUGGUAGCAGUGCUUUUUUUUUUUUAAGAAUUUCUGAAGCCAAGUGCAGAGGAAGUGCACGUAUUCGGACUUUGGACCCACUUAACUACACACUAUAUUUUAUUCUCUUUAACAUUUGCUUUUGCAGAACUUUAAAUACCCUUUUUGUAUCGUCUGCUGGUUUCUUAGAGCUAAGAUGCAAACCUUUGAAAUGCUAAACACCCUAGCAUAUUGCCUUAGAUUUCGUCCUGUUCUUGUAAAUUACACUGCUGUCUGUAAAAAUUUGUAUAAUGACUGGUUGUACAGUAUUUGAAUGGGUGCACCACUAUUCACCUCUCCUCCGCUGCUGAAAACUCGGUCACUCCCCUCCCCACACAACCACGAUCAUUGUUCUUCUAUGUUGGGAUAGGCUCGUCCUCUCCUCACUGUUGUAUGGAAAAGAUGAUUCACAGAGAUACUGAAGCAAUAUGUACUAUACUGGAUUCUUCUGAAGAAAGAUCACUGUUGUAUUUUUUUUUUUUUUGUUCGUUUUGUUUUCUGCGUCGUCCGCGAGUCGCACUGUACCUGCAUCCAUCUGACCUUUGUUACCCCACGGUUGUGUUUGUGUGUGAGCAUGUGUGUGCGUGCGAGCGGGGGUGUGCGCGUGUGAGUGUUUUAUGCAAAAUUAGAUAUAUAAGAGAAGGUAAAACCACAGUUAUGCAAGUUGUGAACUAAUAUGGCUUCGCUGAUGCUAUUUGCCUUGUAAAUAAAGAAUUCUGUUAAUGCAUA